UUUUUUUUUUAACUUCAACCACAUUGUACAUGGUGUCAUACAACCUGACUAAGUUCAAUCCUGCCGAAGAGGAAGCUAAAGAACCUUGGUUGCUGCAUGUUUAGUCAAUCUGACUAAUUUAAAUCGACUUUAUUUUGAGAGCUUCAAAGUUUAUUUGGAAAUUGUAGGAGUAAUAUUUUGACAUAUUCAAAAACUUAAAAUUUAAUUCGAUAUAGUUGUAAUAUGAUGACAUAUGCUUUUGAAAGGAUGACACAGUAAAUCUAUGAAUUUUUUUUGGGAAAAUUUAUUUUUAAAUGUUUUAUUAAUAUUCUGAAAAUCAGAGCGUUACAUGUAUAAUUGAGGGGACUAACACGAUUGGGUAUGCGUGGUCCACUUUAAGUCUCAUAUGGAUGAUCCGUUCAAUAAUUUCAUGAUUUUGAAAAUCUGAAUGAAAAAUGAAAUAUUGGAUUAAGCAACUGCAUAGAUUGAACCUCGUUUUAUAAAAAAAAAUAUUAAACGGCUCGAAUCAUCUGUAUUUGACCGGGGUGGCUCAGUGUAGCCAUUGGUAAUUUGGUAUCAAUCCCGUCGGUGCAAGUAGCACGGUUCAUUUUGUUGACUCUAAACAAUCGAUCCGUUUGCACCAUCUCCGGUCCAAAAAUUCGAUCGCCACCUGCAGCUCCAUCACAGUCCAAACUCGAACAACGUCCAUCUCUCUACCAGUCCAAACCUCUAGCGUCGCAGGUGCCGCACAGCACAUCGAGCCUCGCCGCGGACUCCAGCAAAGCUUCGUAUUUCUCUCUCCAGCCCCAAAGUAAAAGGUAUUUCUCUCUCUCUCUCUCUGGGGUUGCAUCGGCGAUUUAAGGGGUAGGUUGCAGCGGUGAUGGUGGGUUGAGGACACGAAGUGGUGGUGCGGCGGCGGCGAGAGGAGCGGCGUAGCUGGGAUUGGCAACCUCUUCCUUCCUCACGGAAUCUCACCAAUUUUGGUGAGAAAGAAACUGGGCUCUUUAAAGGGUUCUGCUCUCCCACCGUCCCACGAUCUCUCACCCUCUCCCACCGUUUCUCACCUUUCUGAUCAUCCAAACGUGAGAGAGAGUCCCCUCUCCCUCUCCCUCUCCCUCAGUUUCUUUUCUCUUGUCCUUAAAUUCUUUAAUCCAAACGAGCUGUUAGAUCGGUUUACGGUACACCGGUAAACAUAUUCAGAGAGAGAGAGAGAGAGAGAGAGAGAGAGAGAGAAGUUAUCAGAUUGAGUUUGGUGGGGGAUGGACAAGAUGAAUCAAGCUUUUGAGAAGGUAAAGAUUCUGGUGGGGAUGGAGGUGGAAGACGAACUCCCAGCUGAAGAUGAGACUUCUUUUGCCUUCUUGGACGACUUCAACCGCAACUGCACAUUGUCCACCAAACAGAGGCUUCACGGUUUUGUGAUAUGCUUGGUUGCUGGUUUAACAUGCACACUCUUGAUUCUAAGCUGGGGUCUUUUGUAUGGCAGCACAGCAUUUCUCAUAGGCCCGAAACGGCAAGUGACGAUGAUGCUUGACCCUGUUCGUAUUUAUGCAACCGCGAUAUACAUUGGAAGCAUGAUAAUUGCAAUCUUCUCUGCUCUCUAUGUUCGUAACAAGCUAUUGACACUUUUGGCAAUCAUGUUGGAGUUUGGUGCACUUAUUUGGUAUAGCUUGAGCUACAUCCCUUUUGCAAGGUCUAUGGUUUCAAAGGUCAUGGUAGCUUGCUUUGAUACAGAGUUCUGAGCUGAUACAUACUCGGAAAAGAAAUGCAGCUAUUGAAGAAUAUGUUGAGUGCCUAAUACAAUAAGUCUUCUGAGUCAUACACAUAAUUUGUGGGAUGCCUGAGCAUAGUCCUUUGAAGAUGCAAUAGAUGUAUGACUUGAGCGGAUAUAAAAGUGACAAGAAAUACUUUGAAUUUUCUAGUGUAGGUAGACGUUCACUAGCCUUCGGUUUUUCUUUGUUUUAUUUGCACAUUGUGGCCUUUAGAUCCCUGUUUAAGGGAUGCUGUGCACAGCAGGUUCUUGUUUGUCUGUUGAGCUGGUUUCCCAUUCGGACUAUUCUAUUUUGAACUAUCAAUUUUCUAAAGUGUGGUAGUAGUAUUUUUCUUA